AUGAUGGCCUCUCAAGAAAAUACACAGCGUAGUGGCUAUACGAAUAAAUUUGGUAAACCAAUUAGUAAUGAUGUUGAUCAAUGGUUUGCACAAGGUGUAAAAUCUGUAGGACCACCAAUCCACAGCGAAUUUUGUACAAAGACACAAACAUUUUAUAUUAUAUUAUUUGUUAUUGGUUUUAUUGUUUUGGCUACUGUUAUUAUAGUACCUAUUAUUAUUGGGAAUAUGAAACAAAGUGAAAGCGGUUAA